UGUUUUUCUUCAGGGCUGAGAAGUGUAGUGUAUGUGGGAUGCUGCUGUGGCUCUGCCCUCAGAACAAUACAGUGCAACCCUGUGUAACAACAAUAUGGAGAGUAUCCGCCGUAAUUGCCCUGUUUUAUAGCACACUUUCUUUUACUUGACGCGGGAAAAAUGUGGAUACCGACUGAACUAGAAAAAUAUGGCGUUGUGCUGGCAAAUUUUCGAGGAAUGGUUCAGCAUGGACUCCCGCUGGAGAUCGGCGACACGGUGCAGAUUUUGGAGAAAUGUGAAGGAUGGUACAGAGGAUUCAUCACAAAGAAUCCAAACGUGAAGGGAAUAUUCCCAAGCUCCUAUAUUCACCUCAAGAAUGCCCACGUCAAGAACAAAGGGCAGUUUGAGACGGUCAUUCCCACCGAGGACUCGGUCAUUACAGAGAUAACUAUGACCUUGAGAGACUGGGGCACGAUGUGGAAGCAGCUCUACAUGAGAAAUGAAGGGGAUCUUUUUCACAGACUGUGGCACGUGAUGAAUGAGAUCUUGGAGCUGCGGCAGCAGGUUCUGGUGGGCCACCUCACUCAUGACCGCUUGAGUGACAUCAAACAGCACAUCACGGCACGGCUGGACUGGGGAAACGAGCAGCUGGGUUUGGAUCUGGUCCCCAGGAGGGACUUCGGCAUGGUGGACCCUGAUGAGAUCAGCAUCACAGAGCUGUAUCGGCUGAUGGAGAGACGUCAUCGUAGACGUGAGGCUCCCCCGCAGGCCAGUAUGCACCACCUGUUCCUUCAGAUGAAGAGCAUGAUGAGUUCAAACCUGGGGGAGGAGCUGGAAGUCUUCUACUCUGUCUAUGACAGCAGGGAGAUGCGACCAAUCAGUGAGAGGUUCUUUGUGCGCCUCAAUAAGCAAGGGCUACCAAAGUCACCAGAGAAGACUGAGAGGCAGUGUACACUCUUUGUUGAUUUGGGAAGUAGCGAUCUUCGCAAAGAUGUGUAUGUUGUAGCUCAUAUUUUUAGAAUAGGGCGAAUGGUCGCAGGUGAGAAGAAGAGCGUGAGUAACACGCAGUACAAGCGUCCAUACGGUUGUGCUGUGAUUAGCGUGGCUGACCUGUUAACAGCUGACUUCAAGGAUGAUCAUGUGCUGAAGAUCUACUCAUGUAACGCAGAGAGCGAGUGGUACCAAAUCCACGACAGUAUUAUCAGGAAGGUUGGCUCACGAUACAGCCAUAUUGGCACAAAUACAGGCCUUAAUGUCUCUCACUCGCUCCAUUUGCUCCAACUCCUGCAUGGGGAUAUGGAACAGAUUCGCAAGGAUUACAUGCGUCUUUUCGCAUACACUCCAAUCCUCAAUCUUCAAAUGCCCAAUGGGAUUCCAAAUACCGAUAUCAUCAUUCCAGGUGAAAUAAGAAAUGACCUGUAUGUGACCCUUGAGAGGGGUGAAUUUGAGAAAGGUGGAAAAAGCGUGGCACGUAAUGUGGAAGUCACUGUCUAUCUGCUGGGAGGUGAUGGGCAAGUUCUGAAGGGUCUGGUUUGUUGUGGCUCCGGAGAACCAGGAGUGGAUGAGCACCGCUCUUUUGUCCUGUAUCACAGUAACAGCCCUCGCUGGGCUGAACAGAUCAAACUGCCCAUCCCUCUAGAGAUGUUUCAUGGCACACAUUUACGCUUCGAGCUCAGGCACUGCUCCACAAAGGAAAAGGGUGAGAAGAAGCUUUUCGGCUUCUCUUUUGUUCCUCUGAUGCAGGACGAUGGAAGACCGUUGCCUGAUGGGACACAUGAGCUCAUUGUCCACAAGUGUGAAGAGACAGCUGAUCUUCAGGAUCCCGCUCGGUACCUCAAACUGCCAUUUUCCAAAGCCAGCCUCCAGCCGGGCAACAACCAGACAAUAAAGAACAGCAAAGAGUCUUUCUGGAUCCAGUCGUCUCUCUGCUCCACUAAACUCACUCAGAAUGGGGACAUGUUGGAUCUGCUGAAAUGGAGAGUCCAUCCGGACAGAAUUAUUGACUGCCUCCCCAAACUGAAGGACAUUGAUGGCACUGAAAUUGUUAAGUUUUUACAGGACACUCUGGACACCUUGUUUGGGAUUUUAGAUGAGAGUCCCCAGCGGUAUGGACUAAAAGUGUUUGACUGCCUGGUACAUGUUAUAAAUUUGCUGCAGGACAGCAAAUUCCAGCUCUUCAAACCUGUAAUGGACAACUACAUCGAGAACCACUUUGCUGGUGCCCUUUCCUACAGGGAUCUGAUCCGAGUGUUGAAGUGGUAUGUGGAUCGUAUCAUUGAUGCCGAACACCAGGAACAGAUCCAGCAGGUUUUGAAGGCGUCUGAGUACUUGUUUAAGUACAUUGUACAGUCACGGCGUCUGUACGCGGCGGCCACUGGAGGCCAGAAUGAGGAGGAAUUUCGCUGCUCUGUUCACGAACUCUUCAAAUCCAUCCACCUGUUCCUGUCACAUGAGAGUAAGGGCAUCAGCCCCAUCACACACACACAGGCCGUGUUCCUGAGAUCGUUCCCGACUGUGUGCUGCGAGCUGCUAAAGAUCUUUAGCAUGAGAGAGGUGGCAAAUCUGGCCCGUGACACGCUGAGCAGCCUGCCUGCCCUCACGCACACGGACUGCCCUCUACAGGCCGUCAAACUCCAGUGCAUGGCCAAGACCGUGGACAGUCCUCUUUACAUCAACCCAGAGUCAAGGUGUGUGCUGUUACCUGUAGUGCUGCGUCUGCUGCACACACACCUGCAGGAGCAGAGGGAGCUGGUGCUGUGUGCCAAUAUCCUCACCAGCAUGCUGACGCUCAACACACCAGCCACGGAGUGUGGUGUGUCUGAGGAGGUGAAUCUGGUCAUGGAGAGUCUGUCUGGAGUGUUACUCAGAACUAUACUGGAAGUGACCAACCGGCCUCAGCCUGCCGCCACCUCACUGCGCCUGCAGUACCAGGAUGUUACUGGUGAAUUUGUUGCCUGUUUGCUCACAUUGCUGCAGCAGUUGAAAGAUAAAGAAUACCAGCAGCUUCUCAGCAGAUUUCCCACUAAAGAUGAACUAACGAGUUUCCUCCUGCAGUUAUUCACUGUCUUCAGAAUACUUAUCCGACCCGAUAUGUUUCCGAAAGACUGGACUGUCAUGAGACUAGUCGCUAAUAACGUCAUCAUAACCACCAUCUUGUAUCUCUCUGAUACCCUGCGCAACAAUUUCCUUAAUGAGAAAUUUGACUUCAAGGUGUGGGAGUCCUAUUUUUAUCUCUGUAUAAUAUUCAUCAACCAGCCCUGCCUCCAACUGGAAAUGUUCCCGCCCUCCAAGAGGAAAAAAGUCCUGGAGAAGUACGGUGACAUGAGAGUGAUGAUUGGCUGUGAGAUUUUCAGCAUGUGGCAGCAUUUGGGUGACUAUAAGUUAAAUCUCAUUCCUACCCUGAUUGGUCCGUUCAUGGAGGUGACUCUGGUACCACAGCUGGACCUGCGGAACGUCCUCAUCCCCAUUUUCCACGAUAUGAUGGACUGCGAACAGCAACGCAGUGGCAACUUCAAACAGGUGGAGGCCAAACUAAUAGACAAACUGGAUGGCCUGAUGUCAGAGGGAAAAGGAGAUGAGACAUACAGAGAGCUCUUUAACAACAUAAUUCCACUGUUUGGUCCAUAUCCGAGUCUCCUGAAGAAGAUUGAGAGAGAGACCUGGAGAGAAAGUGGCGUUUCCCACAUCGCUACCGUCACACGGCUAAUGGAACGAUUGCUAGAUUACAGGGACUGCAUGAAGAUCGGAGAGGUUGAUGGGAAAACAAUGGGAUGUACAGUCAACCUUCUGAACUUCUACAAAACUGAGUUGAAUAAAGAAGAGAUGUACAUCCGUUAUAUUCACAAGCUCUAUGAGCUGCACCUGAAGGCACAAAAUUACACUGAGGCGUCGUACACCCUCCUGCUGUACGAUGAGCUUUUGGAGUGGACCGAAAGGCCUCUCAGAGAGUUCCUCACGUACCCCAUGCAGAGUGAAUGGCAGAGGAAGGAAUGCCUCCAUCUCACCAUUGUACACAAUUUCGACAGAGGGAAAUGCUGGGAAAACUGCAUCAUACUGUGUCGAGAGCUGGCCAAUCAGUAUGAAGCGUAUUAUGACUACAGGAACCUCAGCAAAAUGAGGAUGAUGGAAGCCUCUUUCUACGACAAAAUAAUGAACCAGCAGCGGCUCGAGCCGGAGUUCUUCAGAGUUGGCUUCUACGGAAAGAAGUUCCCCUUCUUUUUAAGGAAUAAAGAGUUUGUGUGUCGAGGGAAUGAUUACGAGCGUCUGGAGGCCUUUCAGCAGCGGAUGCUCAGCGAGUUUCCUCACGCCAUCGCAAUGCAGCACGCCAACCUGCCCGACCAGACCAUCCACCAAGCAGACGCGCAGUAUCUGCAGAUCUAUGCCGUUUGUCCUGUCCCUGAAAACCAGGACGUCCUGCAGAGAGACGGAGUCCCCAACAACAUCAAGAGCUUCUACAAAGUCAACCAUAUUUGGAGGUUUCGCUACGACAGGCCUUUUCACAAGGGCACCAAAGACAAAGAGAAUGAGUUUAAGAGCCUGUGGGUGGAGCGGACAACACUGACCCUCGCUCAGAGUCUACCUGGCAUCUCUCGCUGGUUUGAAGUUGAGAAAAGGGAACUGGUGGAGAUGAGUCCCUUGGAGAAUGCCAGUGAGGUGAUUGAAAAUAAGACGCUGCAGUUGAGGACGCUGAUCGCUCAGUGUCAGAUGAGGCAGAUGCUGAACAUCAACCCUCUCACCAUGUGCCUGAACGGAGUCAUCGACGCCGCUGUCAAUGGAGGACUGGCUCGAUACCAGGAGGCAUUCUUUGCGAAAGACUACAUUGCAAAUCAUCCAGAGGAUGGAGAGAAAAUUACUCGUCUUAGGGAACUGAUGUUUGAACAGGCCCAUAUUCUGGAAUUUGGUUUGGCUGUUCACGAGAAGUUCGUCCCACAGGAUAUGAGGCCGUUACAUAAAAAGCUUGUUGACCAGUUUCAUGUAAUGCGCUCCAGUCUGGGGAUUCAACCACAAGAGUUUCCCGCUUAUGUGCGAGUUAGUCCUCUGCAUUUUGCGAAUGGCAGCCCGCGCACAUGCAGGACCCCCGUACCUAAUGCCAUCAGUCCAGAGGGAGGCCGAAUCGUGGCGAGACGCAGUCCUCUCAGCUAUCCGGCUGUCAACAGAUAUUCCUCAUCCUCACUGUCAUCACAGGCCUCAAACGAAGUGAGCAACAUCACCGGCCAAUCAGAGAGCUCAGAUGAGGUCUUCAACAUGCAACCCAGUCCGUCUACCUCAAGUCUCAGCUCAAAUCACUCUGGCUCACACAAUGUGAACAGCUCUGCGCCCUCCAGCAAUAGAGCUUCUCCACUGCCGUCUGACAAGCACAAACACUCCAGAGAGAAUGCAUGCCUCUCUCCACGGGACAGACUCUGCAGCGGCAUUUUCUCCAGCCCGCUGGACCCCACACAGAGAAUGAUUCCGUUCCAGAUGCCAGUGGAUUCAGCAUUACCACGCUGUGAACCCAAUCUCCCCACACCUGAGACAGGAUCUCUGUGCAAGAAUGUGAGGUCACUGUCUCCCAUGCCAACCACCCGUUCCCCUCAGAAGUCAAUCGUCCCGCCCCUCACACCCUCUCCGACGGAUGGCUUGCCGAUGGGGAGCCUGGCGUCUCACUCUCCUGCCCGCUCUGGCAGCUACAGCAGCGGGAUCUCGUCCCUCAGCCGCUGCAGCGUCUCUGAAACGUGCGGGAUCGACCUCCCGCCACCCGAUCCUCCUCUACCCCCCACCGUCCCCGCAGACGUGCCCAUUCGCCGGGGCAGCAAGACUCCUCCGCCCUACAGCGUCUAUGAACGGAACAAUCCCCGGCGAGCGAUGCCACUGCCUCACAGUCUGUCAGUGCCGCCCAGUACUGACAACCCCAGCCUGAGCAGCAAACCCCAACUGAACCGCGUGCAGCGCAUUAAUUCAGAACCCCGUCACCGGCCCACACCCAGGAAGGUCUCUCAGCUGUAGCGCAUGAGCGGUAACCCGAAACUUGGACUAAGUUGCUUUUCUUUUGUAAAAUAACUGUAGGUUAUGUAUCAUAAUUGGCAAUGUUUUCAAAUGCAAGGAGGUGCAUUUUUGUGGAGGAUAGGGAGUGGCAUAUAAAUAAAUCUUUCAAAUCUUUUAAAAAAAAGAGUAUCAAUUCAUUAGAAUGUACAGGUCAAUAAAUAAAUCAAAAAUGUCAAUAAAUAUGUUGAAGUCCAAAGCAAAAAUUUAAAUUUAAAGUAAUUUAUUUAUUGACACAUUUCAUGCUUUAUUUAGACUAUAUAUAAAUAAUCAAACAAGUAAAUA